GGCCAAUUGAAAAAUUAAAAAAACGGAGUUUCAUCAAUAAAAAAAUAGUAUAAAUCUUUAUUCUGAUUAAACUUUAAUAUACGCUUUAUUCCUUGAAUAAAAAUAAAUAUACAAUCAUGUCCUUGAAAUUGAAACCAACCAUUGAAGAAGUGCAAGCUAUUGUAACAGAAGGAAAAGGAAACACAAUUCCUAUUUAUGCGGAAUUGGAAGCAGAUUUCUUAACACCUGUCACAGCUUAUCUUAAAGUUGCUGAUCGUUGUGAUUAUUCAUUUUUGUUUGAAUCUGUAGAAGGAGGGGAAAAUAUUAGUCGUUAUUCAUUUAUUGGUGCAGAUCCUUACAAGUUAAUCAAAGUGGGUGAUAAAGAAACAAUUCAUGGCGAUCCUCUUAUUCCCAUUCAAAAAGAAUUAGAAAAUAUCAAGUAUGUCAAAAUACCAGGCCUUCCCAGUUUUACAGGUGGCGCUGUUGGUUAUGUUGGCUUUGACUGUUUUCAAUACUUUGAACCUAGUAUUCAAGGAGAGCUUAAGGACCCUCUUGGUAUUCCCGAUGCUGUAUUUAUGAUGUGUGAUACUUUAGUCAUCUUUGAUCGUGUUCGUCAAAUCGUGAACGUGGUCUCCCAUUUCCGCAGCGAUGUCACUGACCCAACUGAAGUCGCUAGGGAAUACCGUAAAGCUGCAGAAGAAAUUGAAACUACAUUAUCCUUACUAAAUGAAGAACGUAUUCCAGCUAUACCUCAAGGACCUAUACAACUUGGUAAGACAGCUAUCUCUAAUGUCGGUGAAGCAGGUUAUAAACAUUUUGUGUCCACUCUAAAGCAUCAUAUUAAGGAAGGUGAUAUCUUUCAAGCCGUACCCUCUCAGCGUCUAUCUCGUCCUACUGAUUUACAUCCCUUCAACGUCUAUCGUCAUCUUAGAUCACUUAACCCCUCUCCUUAUAUGUUCUAUAUGAAACUUGAAGAUUUUACUAUUGUUGGAGCCUCCCCUGAAAUGCUUACAAAAGUGCAGGACCGUAUUGCUUACACACAUCCUAUUGCAGGUACACGAAAACGAGGCAAGACAGCAAAGGAAGAUCAAGAACUAGCUGAGGGGCUCUUAAAGGACCCUAAGGAACGUGCUGAACAUGUGAUGCUUGUUGAUCUCGGUCGAAACGAUAUCAAUCGUGUCUGUCAACCCACAACUGUCAAGGUAGAUAAACUGAUGCAAAUCGAAUAUUACUCUCAUGUUAUGCAUAUUGUAUCCAAUGUAUCAGGUAAGCUACGUGAUGACCAAACCCCCUUCGAUGCCUUUAGAGCUAUCUUCCCUGCUGGAACCGUCUCAGGUGCUCCAAAAAUCCGUGCUAUAGAACUGAUUCGUGGACUUGAAAAGGAGAAACGAGGUAUCUAUGCAGGUGUGGUGGGACAUUUUGAUUAUUCGGGCGAUUUAGAUACUUGUAUUGCAAUUCGCACCAUGUUAUUUAAAGACGGUAUUGCUUAUCUGCAAGCGGGUGGUGGUAUUGUUUAUGAUUCUGUGGAGGAAGAUGAAUAUCAAGAGACAUUGAAUAAAAUGGGAUCUAAUUUAGCGACUAUUGAUGAAUGUGAACGUAAAAUAUAUGAACAACAACAAGCAUCAAAAUAAAACAAUAAUUAUUUAUUUAAAUAUGUAUAUAAAUAUAUAUAUAUAUCUCUAAGAGGAUGAUGAUGAUGAUGGUGGAAGAGGAGUAUUUAUAGGAG